CGCCAGUGGCCGCCAGUGGCCAAUGGCCAUGUCAUUCGGAGCGGCGCGCCAUGGCAUUUCUUGUUUUCUGCGGUUUUCUGUAUUUGGCGGCUGUAAAUUGUGAGUCGAGUUGCUGGCAAGACCCGAGCAACGGGCGGUUGGAUUGCGAUGGACGAAGUGGUUGUGAAGUGACUGGAAUGGCUUGCCACAGUGAGUGUGAAUGCCGACAUUUGGAUACAGUGGAGCAGCGUCGUUUUUCAACGAACGAGUUCAGAUAUCCAUCUUCUCCAGCCUUGGUCAUCACCGCCAGCCGGGACGGAAAGCGUUGUGCCUCUACCUGGGCCUUCAAUGCUGUACGUCUUCUCUUCCGGCAGGCCAAAGAAGCCUGCGACUCGUAUUGGCUGCGACAGGUGACGAAGGAGAAACUUGAUCAACGUGUCAAGACGGGGACCCACGUAGUUGUGAAGACUCAUGAGUGGCAUGGAGGUAUGGAAGCAUUUGAAAAGUUGAAACACAGGUUUACGCAUGUGAUCCUCAGCGUGCGCGAGGGCUUUCCAAGGGAAGAGACCUGGAUGUCAGUGGCCAGUCAUGUGCUUCACUUCGAGAAGCUUGUGGCUUUUGAUACUUUGCAUCCAGAUGAUGAGUCCAAAAUCGGUGCCCUGACCGUGCUGAAGGAUCUCAGUGAACAUUUGGGUCUAAGUCUCACUCAGCGAGACUUGAAAGAAGUGGAUUACGAGUUGAUGACCCUGCAGAUCCCUCAAUCUGGUUGAAACUUGGCAGUUUCGGCAGUUUGGGCAGUUUCGGUAUCAAGCUGUCAAUGUUGAAAUGUCUGGCGCUGCAAGCUCUCGAAGCUGAGGCAACCAGACAACCAAGCUAUGGCCCUUUCAUGGACGGCGUGGUGGGCGGCCUAUCCCCAAGCAACCUUGAGUUUAGCGAAGGUUUGGGCGCAGAGGCGGUGCAUUUCAGUGGUUUGAACAUGUUAGAAAUGCAGAUAAUCGGGCACGCUGCGGAUCAGUCUCCUGGGCACAAGAACCGAGCACCGGAGCUGCCCAGUAUAGCAAUGUCUAGCAAUGUAAAGCAUGUAUAGGAAGGCCGGUGUCAUGGAGCGCGUAGUUGUUUUCCCCUGCCACGCUGUCAAGUCGGAGCUAUUCAGAGCUGCGGUGCUUGGACAAGCAGAUGCAUCGAGUUCCAAA